AUGCCGAGGCUGAUAACCGCUCGAAAAGAGCGGAACAGGUUCUUCACGCCGAUCGCCCAUCUCCCAGCACGAGCUCGAGACACCGACAGGGAGCUCGGACGCGUCAACCGUCCGGUCCCCCAGCUCGCCGUCUCCUCGGGGUGGAGACAGAACCCCCGACGCUGGAAAUGCUCGGAAUAUUCGGACGCGGAUAUUCCGCUUUCCCUCGAGCCGCAGCCGAAGGAGCGGUGCAGGCGGCGCUACCUGUGCUGCAGAAGGCUCCACCACGUCCUGGAAGACGACGAGGUUGAGAUUGGAUAUGACUCGUCCCUUCCCCGACCCGAGCCCACCUUCAGAGACUGGACGCUGAACCGGUACCCUGACGGGCCAUGCCUAUACGUACAAACGUACGUGCCAGGCUCAGGUCCUCCCCUCACCCGGCCCACGCUGCUGUUGUUCAACGAGGUCAACAAGGCAGCCAUCAUUGACACCUUCGUCAGGAUGCAGGGGCUGAGAAAGACGAUAUUUUACCAGCUCAUGUACCCGGAUGAGGGUGAUGUCAAGGUCACCAUUGCAGCUUUCGCUAUCACCAACAACCCGGUGCUCAACAAAUUUGACACCGUCUUCAACAAGCGGCGUCGCCUCGACCGAGUGCGCUAACGUGGCGGUCACCUUUUUCGUCAUUCUCUUGUUUUAUUCUUGUUUCAACGACGCGAAAUACCACUAGUCGAGGACAAGAGCAGUCCCUAAUAAUCUACAGCAACACCCAGCCAUUUGAAACCUAGAGCAACGGGAACUAAUUAGUGGUUAGGGUUUGGCCGAGACUUAAAACUUUCUUGGUCGCCGGUAUGGGCGUUUGAGAUCUGAGCUUUUGAUGGUGUUGUUCUUGG